AUGUCGUCACUGCGUUUACGUCUGUGUCUAUGCCUGUUUCUGCUAUUUCCAAUCGCGAUUAGCAGCGUCACUGACCUCCCCGCGUUCCGAGAAGCUCCGGCGUUUCGAAACGGCCGAGAAUGCUUCAAAACGACCUGGUCGCCGGAGGAUCGUGCACACAACCCUUCAGCCAUCCAUAUCGCAAUGACUCUCGACGCCAUUUACCUCCGCGGCUCAGUCGCCGGAGUUUUCUCCGUUCUCCAGCACGCCUCUUGCCCUGAAAACGUCGUUUUCCACUUCAUCGCCACUCACCGCCACAGCGCCGAUCUCCGCCGCACAAUAUCCUCCACAUUCCCAUACCUCACUUUCCAGAUUUACCAUUUUGACCCUAACCUCGUCCGCAGCAAAAUCUCUUCCUCCAUUCGCCGUGCCUUAGACCAGCCGCUAAACUACGCGCGGAUCUACCUCGCCGAUCUCCUCCCAUCCGCCGUACGCCGCGUGAUCUACUUCGAUUCCGAUCUCGUCGUAGUCGACGACGUCGCUAAGCUCUGGGGAAUCGAUCUAGGUCAUCACGUCGUCGGAGCUCCGGAGUAUUGCCACGCCAAUUUCACGAAUUACUUCACAUCGAGAUUCUGGUCGAGCCAAGGUUUCAAAUCGGCGUUGAAAGGAAGGAAGGCUUGCUAUUUCAACACCGGCGUGAUGGUGAUCGAUCUCGGGAGAUGGAGGAAAGGGAGAUUCACGGUGAAGCUCGAGACGUGGAUGAGGAUCCAGAAACGACACCGUAUCUACGAGUUGGGAUCUUUGCCGCCGUUUUUGCUGGUUUUCGCCGGGGACGUUGAGCCGGUGGAGCACAGGUGGAAUCAGCAUGGUCUCGGCGGGGAUAACCUCGAGGGACUUUGCCGGAAUCUGCAUCCAGGCCCGGUGAGUCUGUUGCAUUGGAGUGGGAAAGGGAAGCCAUGGCUAAGGCUUGACUCGAGAAGGCCGUGUCCGUUGGAUUCGCUUUGGGCUCCUUACGAUCUGUUCCGUUACUCACCGUUGAUCUCUGACAGCUGA